GAAGCUCUCUGGGCCAACAUGGCGGCGCCCAGCGGCAAGACGGAGCAGGUCUGGAGUCUGCGGCCCGCCGUGUGAUUAGGUGGUUGUCCAACAAACAGAGGCAUGAGCUGGGUCCAGGCCAUCCUGCUGGCCCGAGGCCUUGUUAGGGGCUGGGGAGGUGUCUGUGGGGCUGCCCUCAUGGGAGCCCCCUUCUCUCAGGUGCUUCCCCAGGCCCCACAGGGCCUUCACUGCAGCGCUGUGGCCCACAAAUCCAAAUUGUCGCUGGUUCCGCGGCCACCUGAGUCCCAGCGGAGGCCUGUCAAGGCCUUGGAGCUCCACGAGGAGCUGUUCAGGCAGGCGCCGGCUGGGGAGCGGGACAAGGCAAGCUUCGUACGCACCGUGCAGAACUUCGAGCAGCACAACGUGCACAAGCGAGGCCAUGUUGACUUCAUCUACCUGGCCCUGCGCAAGAUGCGGGAAUACGGCGUCGAGAGGGACCUGGCCAUCUACAAUCGGCUGCUCGACGUCUUCCCCAAGGAGGUCUUCCGGCCUCGCAACGUCAUCCAGCGCAUCUUUAUCCACUACCCACGGCAGCAGGAGUGCGGCAUCGCUGUCCUGGAGCAGAUGGAGAACCACGGGGUGAUACCCAACAAGGAGACGGAGUUCCUGCUGAUUCAGAUAUUUGGACGCAAAAGCUACCCCAUGCUCAAGUACCUGCGCAUGAAGCUGUGGCUCCCCCGCUUCAAGAACAUCAGCCCCUUUCCUGUGCCCCAGGAACUGCCCCAGGACCCUGUGGACCUGGCCAAGUUGGGGCUGCGGCACAUGGAGCCCGACCUCAGUGCCAGGGUCACCAUCUACCAGAUGCCUUUACCCAGAGACUCACUGGGUGCAGCAGAUCCCACCCAGCCCCACAUUGUAGGAAUCCAGAGUCCAGAUCAGCAGGCCGCCCUGGCCCGCCACAACCCAGCCCGGCCUGUCUUCGUCGAGGGCCCCUUCUCCCUAUGGCUUCGUAACAAGUGUGUCUAUUACCACAUUCUCAGAGCGGACUUGCUGCCCCCAGAGGAGAGGGAAGUGGAGGAGAUUCCGGAGGAGUGGAACCUCUACUACCCGAUGCAGCUAGACCUGGACUAUGCAAGGAGUGGCUGGGACGACUAUGAGUUUGACAUCGACGAAGUGGAGGAAGGCCCCAUCUUUGCCAUGUGCAUGACGGGUGCCCACGACCAGACGACGCUGGCCAAGUGGAUCCAAGGCCUGCAGGAGACCAACCCAGCCCUGGCCCAGAUCCCCGUGGUCUUCCGCCUGGCAGGAUCCACUGGGGAGCUCCUGACAUCCUCCUCAGGGCAGGAGGAGCCACCCCCGCCACCACCAGAGGGCCAGGAGGAAGACGACAAUGUGCAGCGACAGCAGCAGAGCCACAGUUGACUCUGAGCAGGCACGAGGGCACAGGCAGUGGCCCUAGGAGGCUGUGGACUGGUGUGAACGCAUGACAUGAUCUUUGAGUGUACAGCAAAUAAAGUGUUCCUGUUUGGGGCUGCCUUCCCUCUU